AUGUGGAGCUUCUGUGGCAGGAUUCCUAGAGGGGUCUAUGAUGGUCACUCUGGGUCAGCAGCGGUCAGCUAUCUGAGGGACAAUCUGCACAGUGCCUGCAUAGAGACUACUGCAACCGGGGAUGGUGCGCCACUUGCCACUCUGGAAGACGCUACCGCAGCUCUGGAGGAAGCCUUCCUCACAACAGACGCAGCAUUGUUGAAACACCUUUCUUCAAUAAGCGGCGGGGAAGGUCGCUCUGGUUCUACUGGAACAGUGGCAUUCAUACGGAAGGAUACAGUGGUCGUUGGAUACGUGGGGGACUCGAGAGUGGUCCUCUGCCGCGGGAAGAGCGCGGUGGACCUCAGCGGAGACCACCGUCCUUAUGGCAAGGCGCCCUCGGCAGUUGCUGAGCUCAAACGGCUGAAAGAAGCAGGCUGCUGGGUGAACCACGGGCGCGUCUGCGGCACGCUGGCUGUCUCCCGUGCCUUUGGAGAUCCACUCUACAAGAACGAUCGAAGCGUGAUGCUGGAGGAAGGGUUGCAGAAGCGGCGAUUCACCAAGAAGUUCGUCGAAAGGCUGGACUUGAGCAAGGACUGGGUCACCGCGAAGCCGGAUGUCACUCACACUACGUUGACCCCGGAUGACCAGUUUGUGAUCCUGGCUUCGGACGGCUUGUGGGACUGCAUCAAGAGCCAAGAAGCGGUGCAGUUCGUGUUGCAACAGCUGGCGAAGAAGGACGAUCUGCAAGUGGCGUCCCAAGAGCUGGCGAAAUUCGCUCUGAGAGAACGGGGCAGCGACAAUAUCAGUAUCAUUCUGAUAGACUUGAGGGCUACAUCCGGGACAGGUCUUUGAUCGCCCUUCCACAGUCUCACCAAUGUACAUUGUUGUUGACCAUGUGUUGACAUGUUGUUAAUAAGCCCGAAAUCGAUUGCGAGGGGUUUGGUUUGGUUAAUUGAAGUUGUUUCUGGACUCGUUCCUUGCUUGUGCUUGAUGCCACGCCACCGACAUGUCUUUGUAGAAGCGCCAGGUAAUUGUUGGACACUAGUUGAUAGUACCUAAGUGGAGUCGAUUACCUUGAGUAUGAUGCAAUGAGAACCACGCUGUUGUGCGCCCUGAGCGCUGAUCAUGUGUUGUUCACACCGAGAGCAAACCGAUUGUGUAAGUUUCUUUGUAGGAAAGGAUGCAAUCACCUGGCCGAUUGCAAUGUUAGGAAUCUUUGUCAUAUUAACCAUUUUGCAGCUAGUUGUAAGAACAUGCGCAAUCUAUCUUGUGUAGAAAAACAUUGAGCCGUCAGCGCUUG